AUGGAGCGUCUCCUGCUGCUGCUGCUGCCCGUCCUCGUCCUGCAGGCCGCCGGCUUGGCUCCGGCCCGGCUGGAGCGCUGGGUCCGCUCGGGCCUCCAGUCGCUGCAGUGGGACCAGCUGGACCGGUGCCUCCGCGCGUCCUCGCUGUCCGAGUCCGAGUGCCGGCGACUCGCCCACCUGCCGCCGUCGGCCGUCGCCGUCUACGUGUCGGAGCCUCGAGCGGCCGCAGGUCCGUCAGAUAAAGUCGUCUCCAUCCUGCCCGACUCCUCCGGCGGCUCUCUGGGUCCGAAGACUCGGGGAGGUUUCGGCGUCGGUCCGGUUCUGAACGGAGGCGAAGCCACAGCCCACCGACACCAGCAGCUUCUGUCCGGGUCCACGGCCCACGAUGCCGUUCUGGUUCUGGACCCGAGUCCCGGGGAGAACUUCGGACACCCGGUGGUUCUGUUCUACGUGGACGUGAACGUGACCAAGAAGAGGUGCUCCCACCUGGACGGCAUCUACCUGGGUGACGAGUGUCUGACUCUGGCUCUGAAGGGUCGCUGUCAGAACCAGCUGAAGCGUCGCCAAGCGGCGCCGGAGAGGCUCAUGGGUAACGGCCGGCUGGGGGGCGGGGCUCUUCGCGGUGGCUCCGUCGGCGCCGGCGGCCGUCUGGUGGAGCGGACCAUCGGAGGGCUCUGCGAGGUCCACUUCCUCCCCCUGGUGGUCGGAGUCGGAGACGGCAACCGGACGCAGAGGCUCAGAUGUGUCGAUCACGCAGAGUUUGCCAGGUGUCCUCAGCCGCUGCCCAUCAGCUCUCCCAGUUUGCCCGUUUCGAGCUGUGAACUGAACAAAAACACCCGCCGCUGCCACCAGCAGCCUCUGGCCACCCACCUGUCCUGCCGCCUUUACCAGACCUGCGACCACGCCGUGCUCAUCUCAGGCGGCUGGCAGCAGCAGAUGACGUUCCAGCGUCACGUCCAGAACCUGCAGAGGUUCUACAAGAUGCUCCGGAACAACGGUUUCCACAAAGACCACAUCAAGACCUUCUUCGCCAGCAAUGGGCAGCUUCCGGAUGACGUCGAGGGCGUGUACUCGGCGACGGAGAAAGCGGUGAUCCGUAACCACGUGUCGUACGUCUGCAGGAAGCAGCACUGCGCCGACACGCUGGUUCUGUACCUGAACUCGCCGACGCGUAACGACGGCACCAUGCUGCUGUGGGACGCCAACCUCAACGGCAUCGCCGAUCUGAAGGAGCGCUACUCCGUCAACGAGCUGCUGGCCGACCUCGCCGGCUGCAGGGCGACUCGCGUCCUGCUGUUCGUGGACCAGAGCUACAGCGGCGUUCUGUCCAAGAGGCUGCGUGGCUCCCAGAAACACCUCAACGUGGUUCUGAUCCAGAGCCCGGCCCGGCAGAGCCACGCCCACCAGACCCAGAGGCCGAGUCCGGGCUGGGAGGACGGCAGCUGGGCCUUCAUCAGCCCCGCCACCUGCCUGCUGGACCACCUGGGCAAGGGCGCUGCGAUGUCCCGCCUCCUGGAGCCGUGGGCCGGCCUGCUGAACGUGACGCUGGCGGGCGCUCCCUGCAACGCCACGCCGCCGCUGACGGACGGCGAGCUGCGGCGCGAGUACCAGGGCUGCCAGAACCUGCCGACGGCCCUGUGGCACCAGAAGCACCGGCCGAGGACCGACUGAGGCGGAGGCGCGCACAGACACACACCGGCAACACAAACCCUGUGUGCUCGGUGUUGCCGGCGGACGCUGGUGUGUGUUUUAUGUCCUAACUCUGAACUUAGACUGUAACCAUGGCGAUGACAUCCCAGCGGGGGUGUCCUGAACACCAUGUGACCAUUGUGUGCGUGUCGUGAGUGUGUGUUUGUGAGUUCAGCGAGAGGACAGUCGCUCUCAGAGACUCACACCGGGUCAGUGUGUGUGUGUCUGUGUGUGUUACCGUGUGUGUUGUGGUGUGUGUUUGUGCCGCAUCUCCGGGGCACUUUAACAUUUCAGAUCCAAUCAUCUGUCUCUAUUUUUGUCUUUACAACAGCUUCCUCGUCCACCUUCUCUCUUCUCGCUGCCUCCGUCUUUUUCUCUGCGUCUCCUCUGUCUGUCUUUGUUUCUGCUUCCCUCGUUUUAUGACUCACAACGUCAGAAAAACAAAAAAAUUCUCAAAAAUGACUCAGUUGUUGUCCAAUGUCGCAACAGCUUGUACAAAGAAACGCACAAAUGUUCCAGUAGAACAAACACCUGUACAGAAUUAUUCAAAAAUGCAAAAUGAUGUGACAAAAAGUCGUCCAAAAUCAAUUGGAUGGUACAAAACGAGCUUAAAAUUCUCCACCAUCACUCAAAAAGUGUCCGUUAUGACUAAAUGUGUCCAUAACAACUCAAAAAUCAUCGAGGACGACAUAAACGACAAGAAAAAGGGUCCAAAAUGAGGCAAAAGUUAUCCAAUAUGACAAAAACAUAUUGACUCAAGAUUCAGGAGCCAAAAGGUCUCACAGUUUGUCCAAUGUGAUAAAAACCUGAAUGAACAAAAUGACUACCGUUGUUAUAAAAUUCUUUCAAAACAGUGUUUAUAAUGUCUUAAAUCCUGUCAAAAAUCAUGCAAAAAAUGAUCUUAAGUGUCUCAAAAUGUGGUCAGUAUCAUUGAAAACUUUCCCAAAUUUACUCAGAAUUACUCAAAAUCAAAACGUGUCCAACGUCAGCCUGUACAAAGAGACUCACACACGUUCCUGUGCGACAUAUACGUGAACAAAAUGAUUAAAAAUGGAUCGAUGUGACAAAAAACUGUCAAAAGUGACCCCGAAAUGUGUCCUAGAUGACUCAGCCUUUGUCAAAAAUGCCUCAAAAUUCGUCCAGUGUCACAACAAUCUGUUUAAAACUGAUCUGGAUGUGUGUUCAGGAUGUCUGAAAACGUGUCCAAUGUGAUAAAAACGUGUCUGAAAUGACUCAGAAACGGUCCAAUGCGGCUACGCGUGUCCAGAUGAUAAUGAUAAAACCUGCUCACAGACGCUCCAAACAUGGACCAAGGUGACCAAAUGGGUCCAGAGAAAGUCCCAAAACGUCCUAAAGCCUGUCCAACGUGAUCAGAUCUCCAGGUCGACAGAACGAAGUAGAGUCGUGUGUGAAGCUGGAGGUUAAAGAUUUAGAGGCGGUUUAACUCUGACGUGGAGGGAAAGACGGAGGACGGAGCGACUCGGGCGGGAAACCGGAGACUCGUAUGAUUAAGACAUGAAGCACUGAGGCUGGAAAUGGCUUUUUAACAAGCGCACCAGUGUGUCUGCGCUCCGACUCACCAAACGCAAACCGUAGUAUCCACUAACGAUGUCGUCCUCCACCGCUGCCCUGAUUUCCGUCUUUUCUAUCCAGUAGCCACAGCAGAAGUCGUCGUACUGACUUUACUUUAGAGAUUUUGCUCGGACGCAUCGACUUUUCCAGACGGGACUUGUGGGAGCAGGGGUGCGUCCGACGAGUCGGUGUGUGCGUUUUCACCGUUUGUGUAACGACCUGUACAGAGUGUGAACUGUAAGUUAGCUGAAAUGUUUCUAGUUGCAUGCAGCAAAUCACAAACUAUAGUCAAUAAAGUGCUUUUAGAAACCAA